GUGUUCGUUCCUCUACCUUCCCUCCUUGCAACAGGCUUUCUGCGUACUUGCGUGGCGUGCGUGCAUACAAUUUGGUUCUCCUUCGCUGCUGCACCUUGAGCACCUACCGCCUGGCGUCGCCCAGCAUGGCGGACCGCACGCCGUACACGAUCCUCGGGCAGACGUUCUUCAUCGACGCGUCCUAUGAGAUCGCCAAGGAGCUCGGCCAGGGCGCCUACGGCUGCGUCGCCGCCGCCACGCAUCGCCGCACUGGGGAGGGCGUCGCUAUCAAGAAAGUCACCAACAUCUUUAGCAAGCGCAUCCUCACGAAGCGCGCCCUCCGCGAGAUCAAACUUCUCCGGCACUUUCGCGGACACAAAAACAUAACAUGCCUGUAUGACAUGGACAUCAUCAACCUGGACGCGUUCAACGAGGUCUACCUCUACGAGGAGCUCAUGGAGGCCGAUCUGCACGCCAUCAUCCGCUCCGGGCAGCCACUGUCCGACGCGCACUUCCAGAGUUUCAUCUACCAGACCCUUUGCGGCCUGCGGUACAUCCACAGCGCCAACGUGCUGCACAGGGACCUCAAGCCUGGCAACCUGCUUGUCAACGCUGACUGCGAGCUGAAGAUUUGCGACUUUGGCCUCGCGCGCGGCUUCGAGACGGACCCGGAGCUCGCCGCCAAGGGCGCGGGUGGCUUCAUGACUGAGUACGUCGCAACGCGGUGGUACCGCGCGCCGGAGAUCAUGCUAUCCUUCCAGAAGUACACGACCGCGAUCGACAUCUGGUCCGUCGGGUGCAUCCUCGCCGAGUUGCUUGGCGGUAAGCCGAUCUUCAAGGGGCGCGACUACGUCGAUCAGCUCAACCAGAUCCUUCACUACCUCGGCACCCCGUCCGAGGAGACGCUGCGCCGCAUCGGCUCCCCCCGCGCACAGGACUACAUCCGCUCUCUUCCCUUCAAGGCCAAGAUCCCGUUCAGCCAGCUGUACCCAGGAGCGAACCCGCUCGCACUGGACCUGCUCGACAAGCUUCUCGCGUUCGAUCCCGCCAAGCGCAUCUCGUGCGAGGACGCGCUGCAGCACCCAUACCUGGCUGUUUGGCACGAGCCCGCCGACGAGCCCGUCUGCCCGCACAAGUUUGACUUUGGCUUCGAGAGCGUUGACGAUGCAGACGGCAUGAAGCGCCUCAUCCUUCAGGAGGUCCAGAGCUUCCGCAGCGAGGUUCGGCAGCAGAGCAGGCCGCAGCAGCAGCAGCCGCGGCGACAGGAGAGCUUGCCCGUCCCGAGCCGCGAAGAAGUUCUCAAGAGCAGCCCAACAGACGAGAAUAGGGGUAACAGCAUCCUCGGCGCGUCUUCCGCGCUCGUACAGGGCGCACAGCUACCGGAUGCCCAAAUACUGGAAGACCCAAGCGAGGCCUUCGAACGAGAAUUACAAGGGCACCACUGACCCAGUCGCCCAUUGUGACAUGUCAUGAUUUCGUUAGCUGGUCUUUUGUAUAGAGUACAAUGUAAAGAGGAUGUUCGGGUGUCAAGUGGG